AUGAAAGAUAUAGAGUUACAACAUCCUUGUACACAAUUUACUGUUUUCAGAAAAGGUCUAAACAUUAGGCUCAGAAGAGCUGAGGCACCUGAUUAUGGUGCAGCACCUUCAAAAAGAAUUCGGUUUGGCGAUCCAGACUCUGAAAGUACUGUUUUAAAGUGGUUCAAUGAAAUUGUAUCCGGAAGUGACGAAGGUAGUGACAGCGAAAGUGAUUUCGAACAAAGUGAACACGACACAGAUUCUGAGCAAGAUGGGGAGGAGACUGCCGAUACGUAUCAGGAGAACGAGUAUGAAAAUACUGACGAAGACGAGUCUGAAAGUGCUGACCAAGAAGUGGCAAAUCAAGCUUCAGCAACAAGAAAGCAUUUCUAUGAAAAAAACAGAUUCAAGUGGUCUUCUGAAAGCUUUAUAAGCCAUAGUCGUACACAAAAACAUAAUACUGUGCUACGUCUGCCGACUUUACGUGGACCCAACGAACAGUUAGGGCAAGCAGCACAACCUUCUGAAGUGUUUUUAGCUACUGGAUUAUCAUAUAGAGCACUCGCAGACUCUUUCAGGAUGGGUUUUUCGACUGUAGCAAGUAUAGUGAAAGAAGUUUGUACCGCAAUAUGGGAGGAACUACAACCAAUUCAUCUUGGGAUACCUUCGGAACAAGAUUUUGUUGGUAGUGUUAUAAUAAUAAACAAAAUGAGUACUGAUUGGGAACGCAAGGUAUCUCUCAGGAGAAUUAAGUAUCAAUAA